AGCUGCUACGUAACUAAUUAAUUGGCCCACUGUAACAUAUGGCAACAAAGCACAAACUCGUGCUGUCGUGCAUGUAUGGUAUAGCUUGUUCGCUAAAUAAGAUACUAAAAGGAUAAUCUGUGGCACACAAGUCGACCAAAUAUUCAUAGCCAGACAUAAUCCCUUCAUUUCUUGUACGGAUAAGAGUAACUACUUGUCUUAAAAAGAGAUAUGGAAGGAAAAGGAAUAAUGUUUGUAGUAUUUUCUUUGGUAUGUGUUGUGUUGCUGAAUUUGUUGUGGAGUAUAUUGAAGUGGGUAUGGUUGAAGCCUAAAAGAUUAGAAAGAUGUCUCAGAAAGCAAGGUUUCCAUGGUAACUCUUAUAGGCUACUCUAUGGAGAUACCAAAGACAAAGAAAGGAUGCUGAUUGAGGCUAGAUCGAAACCCGCUAUGCCGUAUUUAUCAAAUGAUCAUCUUUCACGUGUUCUUCCAUUCUUUCAACACACUGUCAAUACAUACGGUAAAAGAUGUUUUAUGUGGAAUGGUCCAACGCCCUUGGUUACGAUUUCGGAACCAGAAUUGAUGAGAGAAGUGUUUAUGAAGAUAAACGAGUUUCAGAAGCCACAAUCGAACCAUUUUUUUAAGCAGCUCGCAACUGGUUUGGUUCAAGUAGAGGGUCAUGUAUGGGCCAAGCGGAGGAAGCUACUCAAUCCAGCUUUUCACAUUGACAAGCUAAAGUUUAUGCUUCCUGCAUUUUGGACAAGUUCAUAUCACAUGAUCCAAGAAUGGGAAGAACAGGCGUCAGAGACGGGGUCUUGUGAGAUAGAAGUAUGGUCACAUUUGCAUAAGCUAUCUGCAGAUGUCAUUUCAAGAGCUGCGUUUGGAAGUAGUUAUGAAGAAGGGAAAAAAAUAUUUGAAUUCAUAAACGAGCAAAUUAUGGUUGCCAUGCCACUUAUAAAUUCAGUUUAUAUCCCUGGAUUGAGGUUUGUCCCAACUAGGGCACAUAAGAGGAUGGCGGACAUUGACAAACAAAUCCGCACUCUACUGAAAGGUAUUAUUGACAAUCGUAAGAAAGCGAUGAAGAUGGGAGAAAAAUCGAAGGAUGAUUUGUUGGGUUUAUUACUAAACUCAAGUUUCCAAGAUAUUCAAAAUGGAAGUAAGAAGCAAAAUUUGACUAAGUUGGAUCUUAAAGAAGUGAUUGAUGAAUGCAAGAUAUUCUACUUAGCAGGCCAAGAAACUACUUCCACAUUACUUGUAUGGACAUUAAUUUUACUUGGAAAACAUCAAGAAUGGCAAGCACGAGCACGAGAAGAGGUUCGAAAAAUAUUUGGAAAUGAAAAACCAGAUCUUCAUCAAUUAAAUCAUCUAAAAACGGUAAACAAGAUUCUACAGGAAGUUCUUAGAUUAUAUCCCCCUGUGUCUGAGAUAAGUCGCACAGUUAAAGAAGACAUCAAAGUUGGAGAAAUCUUCUUGCCUAAAGGAGUGUUAAUCAAUCUUCCAAUACUACUUGUACAUCAAGACGAAAAGUAUUGGGGACCUGAUGCUAAGGAGUUCAAGCCUGAGAGAUUUAGUGAAGGAAUUUGUAAGGCGAGCGGAGGGAACAUGUCAUUUUUCUCAUUUGGUUGGGGGCCAAGAAUAUGCAUUGGGUCUAAUUUUGCCAUGAUGGAAGCUAAAUUGACAUUAGCUUUAAUUUUGCAACGCUUCUCUUUUAACCUUUCACCAUUGUAUGCUCAUGCACCUUCAGCUCUUGGAACUCUUCGUCCUCAGUUUGGUGCUCCGAUAAUAUUUUAUCGACUAUAGGAAGGUUAUUGGAAAAUUACUUGUACAAUUGUACUACUGAUAUGUAUCUUUGUGGUGUUUUGAAACAAGGUCGAUCAUGUAAUAAUAACUAUGACUUCUUACCAAGUUAAAUAACUAUGAAUUUAAUA